UAUCCAAACGAAGCUAUUAAUAAAUAGCAAGGAUCGACUUCGGAGUGCGGAAACUUUCAUUUCCUACCUCAAUCCAAUCUUCUGUUGAAAACAAACAAACGACAGCCCAUUUCCUUCACCCACAAUCCUUUUGAGGAACUUUUGUCAUUUUGCUACAAGAUUGAUAUCUCAUACUAUGUACGGUUGAAAUGAUAGGUGAAACCUUUAAUAUUUAUGCCUCUUUGCCUGAUCCAUUCAUUCACUGUUUCCUCGCCUUUCUACAUGUUGCUAUAAGCGACCAGGAGGCUUUCUGAUAUUGACAAACCUCCUCGCCUCUUUUGUUUCUGAUGCGUAACCUGCUCGCUCUCGCUGGCACAAGAAAAUUCCACAUUGAAACUAUCAGGAAUACGCAUUUGCACUCGGUUUCUAUAUGCUACAGCCAUGUCCGACUCGGAGAUAGAUGAAGACUUAAAGAGAGCUAUUGCUUUAUCUUUGAAACAACCUUCACCGCCGACAAUCCGUAAAAGGGAGCUCAUCGAUCUCACUAUUUCAGAUGACGACGAUGACCUUGAUGCGCCUGUCACGACACGUUUCCGAUUCUCACAACUUAAUCCCGUUCCUAAUACAAGUACGGAUGCCAAACCGAACACCAAUUUUCAAGGUGAGCGUAGUUCGUACACCGAAGAAUGUUUAACAUAUCAUCCUGAUACUGACUCUGCCUGUAGUGUCCAGCCAGUCAAGCAACACACUCUUUAAUGGCUUGAAUCGUAAGCAGAUGGAGGAAGAACGCAUAGCAAGAACUCAACAGAGGGGCAAGGCACCAGAUGCCAUCUCUAAGAAAAGAAAGGCACCGGUCUCCUCCCCGACAUCUUCACUCAGUGAAGGCCGUCGGUCAAAAUUCUCUCGACCAGAAUCGAUAGCCUGCAACGAGACAAUCGAACGCCACCAGAAAAAGUCUACAGAUCGGAGCCGCAUGGGCCAAGGCAUGAACAACGUACUCGAUGAUUUAUCCAACGGAUUUGCAGAACCAGACUCAGAGCCUGCCAUCGGAAGUUCCGACAUCUCUCAGAUGCUACCUAAACAUAGGCCACGAGGUAAGGUCUCAGAGGUUGGUGUGCAAUUUCCUUACGGGGUUGUAAAAAAAACCUUCGCUCAUGGGUAUCCGCGAGAGGAUGACAUCAACAUUGAAGAGGUACUCCAACAUUCAACCCUUGAACAUGCUGUAAUGAGCGCCUUUCAAAUAGAACCUGAUUGGAUUGCAUCGAAGAUUUUACCAACUACAAAGGUUACUUGGGUCUUACAAGCAAAAUCCGAAGCCGAAGUAAGUAAAAAUGUUCUGAUUUAUCUUCAUUUGAUACCGGGAAACCUUCCUUGGUAUCCUUUCCCAGCGUGUUUAUCUUCUCUUCUCUCAACCCAAACCUGUAACAGUAUCGAUGUGGUCGCGUUACGUUGUACACAAUUCUCCCAUUGUACAACGAACCUAAACAGAAUAGUUACUUUAACAAAAAAGACAGAGUGCAUGCGAGGACAUCAAAUGAGCUCGGAAUUUCUGCGUCAUAAGACCAACCACAAUCGGUCGGCGCUACUCUGGAUUGGAUCGAGGUACUAGAAACUGCUUGGUGCUCGUCUAGGACUCAUCCCGACAUUGCGAAGAAUUCAUGCAAUUCCAUGGCAUCUUCAAUGGUUCUACCCUGCAUCCCAAUAGCAGUCUGUCGGUCCGUACACUACGUUCAUGCUGUAUAUUGAAUUUCACUUUCAAUAUUGGAUUUCUUCUUUGGAACAUUCAGUCCGCAAAGUUCUUAAGUUGUCGAAUAUUAAAGACUACCAGGUCUGAGCGGCAGCUGGAAAAAGAUUCCGGCAUCAAGACCACCAGUAUUCCAAUUAUUGUCACUCUCUGCGAAUCAUUGGGGUGGAAAAUAAGCACUCUGCUUCAAGUACCAUGUUGGCUAAUAAUUCUUAGAAACUGAACUGGAAAUCAUCGGCGGCAGACAAUUAUCGAUUUUGCUUUCCCCCUAUGGAUGGCAACGUUAAUCUAAUGCAUUCAAAACUCCAACUCUUGGGGCAUCCUACGCAUUUACGACUAGUCAUACCCUCGGCAAAUUUGACGCCAUACGAUUGGGGAGAGAGCGGUGGGAUCAUGGAAAAUGUGAGCGGCUCACUGUCAUCUUAGAACUGCACUAACACAGGAUGAUGAGGUCGUAUUCUUGAUUGAUCUCCCACGGUUGCCGAAUGGCAAGAGUGUUUCUGACGACCAUUUUACACCAUUCGCGAAGGAACUGCUGCACUUUCUUGAAGCCAUGACAUUACCGCCUAAGAUGAUUGCGAGUUUCAGAAGUUUCGACUACUCUAAUACGGCUCAUCUGGCACUUAUACAUUCCAUGUGUGUUGAUUCCAGAAUCCUUCAAUAUCAAUCACAUCUAAUCCCGAUCAGUGGAGGGUCUCACUCUGGUGCGGAAUUGCUACGAACCGGCUAUCCGGGACUUGGCAGAUCUGUAAGCAGCCUUGGGCUGGAGACGGACAAACCUUUGGAGGUUGACAUUGUAGUAAGCUACUCAUUCAACAAGAUAUAACGUUACUAUUGGAUACUAACCUGAACAGACAGCGUCUAUCGGUAACCUCGAUGACCGAUUUCUCGGAACAAUAUAUCUAGCAGCACAAGGUAAGCAAUGCCAUUAUGACAACUGCAUCAUUUCCGAACUUUCCCCACAGGAACCCUGCGAGUCUUGUUAUCCGCGUGAUAAGGCAGGUUAUAAAUCAAAGUCCGGGUUCUUAUACGAGCACACAAUUUUGUCUGGUCGUUUUUUUCCUCCGCUAAACGGGGCUGAAUCAUGACAUGUGUGUACUAGGCGAUAAUGGAUACAAGGAAUACAAGUGGAGAACCGAAAAGUCCACAAGGUGCAAAACGGACACUGUGAUGGAGAGACAGCUCUCCGAAGAAAUUGGACGCGGCCUCCGCGUGUAUUUUCCUAGGUAUAUUUAUCAACCCUGCAUUUCAGAAAUGGACACUAAAUACCCAUAUACAGCAAGCAAACAGUUGCAGAAAGCAAGGGUGGUACAAAUGUAUGGAAACUCCAAUGAUCAUGCCGCGAUAAGGAUUUUAAAUGUUAUUCACUGACUCUGCGAUUCACAGGCUGCUGGCACGAUUUGUUUUCGAUCGAAAUGGUACGAUGCAAGUAGUUUCCCAAGACACCUCAUGCGCGACUGUCACAGUCGUAGGAAAGGAUUAUUGAUGCACAACAAAAUGAUAUUCGUGAGAUCUCAAAAGAGCCAACCAAAUCCACGACCUAUCGCAUGGGCAUAUGUUGGAAGCGCAAAUCUUUCCGAAAGUGCAUGGCAAGUCUUUUCUGUUUCCACACUAUAAUUUCCUCCCUUUCAGAUUUUUCUACGUAUAGCAAGAUAAUACCCCCCAGCGCGAACUGCCAGCUAACGUAAACCAAUAAAGGGGCCGCAUGGUGAAGGACCGGGUAACAAAAGAGUCUAAGUUGAAUUGCAGAAAUUGGGAAUGCGGUGUUUUGUUUUCCGUUCCCUUCACCGAUCUGGAUACAUCAGCUGCUGUCACUAAAGCGGGCAUACCGUCCAUGGAUGCAUUUGAUGGGUCCAUCCCCGUGCCCAUGGUUUUCCCGGGCAAUAUGUAUGGAUCGAAACGUCCCUGGUAUUACGACGAAAGUCCUUAAUCAAGUCAAUCUUCCGGUGCGAUUUUUUCCCUAAUGGAGCUUUCCGAAUGUCAAGCCUAAGGUGGAAUCCGUAGAUGGAGGAUAACCUCCUAUAGCGUGCGCUGGCGUUGUAGAAAGAUCUUGGUUUCGACUGCGGUAUGCCGUGUGCCACGUGCCGUUGGGUGUUAGAAAUUGCUCGAUAUAACUCUUUUAUGAUAAGCAUACAGUUAGUUCAAUGUGCAGAUCUGCAGAAAGCAACAGCCAUAACCGCUGGGGAUCAAGGUUUCAUGAAACGUGUUUGUAGGGUAGUGUCAAU